GUUAUAUUUGUCGUAUUGAACGGUUGUGGUUCGCGUCAAACGGGGACGUGGACAUUGGAAUUUUGAUAAUGGCACGACCGAUUAAUAAAUUUCUGAAUAAAAAAUGGAAAGUUCUUAUUUUGCCUAUUCUACUGUUGUUACCGCCAACCCUGGUGGUCAUGGGCCAACAGACAGCCGAUGAUAAUUCUGGGAUAACGGAAGUGGAAGAGCCGACAACAGUUUCCUCGACGAGCCCUCAACCACCACCGGCAACGUUAAAAGAUAGACCUAUCCGACUGCCAAACUCUUCCUUUCCUUUGGAAUAUAAUCUACACAUCAUUACAAAUAUCCACGAAGGUGGCCUGUACUUUAAGGGCAAUGUCACCAUUGACAUCGAGAUACGCGAGACCACCGAUGAGAUUGUACUGCAUGCCAAACAUCUUUCCAAUUUCAUUAUAACUGCCACCGAUUUGGACAGCGGUGAUAUGCUGAGGGAUCUAACCUUUAGCGUGGAUGAUCGUCGUCAUUUCCUCAUCAUUCAUGGCCAGGAAUAUUAUCAAAUCUUUGAGGUGGGAAAGAAGUAUAGUUUGGAAAUACUCUACGAUGGCACAAUGAAUGAAGAUCAUUUGGGCCUUUAUUGGCUGGCAUAUCGUGAUGCCGGAAAUCAGGUCAUUUACCAAGCAGCGACUCAAUUCGAGCCUACAAGUGCAAGACUUGCAGUUCCCUGCUAUGAUGAACCGGCCUUUAAGGCAAAUUUUACAAUAAGGAUAACACACGGAAACACCUAUACCGCCAUAUCAAAUAUGCCCAUGAAAGAGGUGAUACACCACAAUGACAGUGAUUUGCUGACAACAAUUUUCCACCCCACACCACCGAUUUCAACAUAUCUGGUAGCAUUUGUGGUAUCAAAUUUCGGCUAUAUAUCCAAGAGGCAGGGCCAUGUCACACAACGCGUUUUCACACCGACAACGUCGAAAAAUAAAGGCGAACACCAGCUGGAGUUUGCCAUUCGGACAGUGGCUGCCAUCGAAGAAUACUUGGGUGUUGAUUAUUCAUUGGACAAGCUGGAUCAUGUGGCGCUGAAUAAAAACUACGGUGCGGCCAUGGAAAAUUGGGGUCUUAUUACGUAUCGUGAAAAUUUUCUACUCUAUUCUGAAAAUGAUUUACGGCAUCGUUUCCGCGAUACCAUAACAAUUGUCCAUGAAAUUGUACACCAAUGGUUUGGCAACUUGGUUUCACCCGAAUGGUGGUCCUAUGCAUGGUUGAAUGAAGGAUUUGCCACCUACUUUUCACAUGUCAUUAUUGAUAUGCUUCACCCAGAAUUUAAACCAUUGGAAUAUUUCAUUAUGGAUACUGCCUACAGGGCGUAUAGUUAUCACAAGUAUAGUACCCGAUGGCGUUCCAUGACCCAUUACGUGGAGGAAGAAAAGGAUAUUGUGGAUAUUUUCGAUUUAAUUGGCUAUCAGAAAGCUGCCUGUGUCAUUAAAAUGUUCCAUCACGCCUUCGGCCAGAAAACUUUCAUGCGCGGCAUUCAACAGUAUUUGCUCAAAUAUCAGUAUUCGGUGGCCAAUGAAAUGGAUUUGUUUGGGUGUCUGCAAAAAGCUCUAGAGCAAGAACAUGCCGAAGAGAAAUCAGAGAAAUCGUGGAUACCUUUAGUAUCAGAGAUAAUGCUCUCGUGGACGCAUAGCAAACAAGUUCCGAUUAUCAAAGUGAUACGGAACUAUGAAAACAAUACCAUAACUCUGGUGCAACAUCAACGGCCGCCAUUUGCGGAAAAUCUUUGGAUUCCAUUGAAUUUUGCCUCCAGUUCGGAUCAUGAUUUUCAAAAUACUGCAGCCGAUUACUUUAUGCCGCCGGUGGAGAAACAAACCGUUAAUGCCUCGGAUUUGGGAAUUCAUUUGGAGCCAAGUGAUUGGUUAAUUGUCAAUAAGCAGCAAACGGGAUUCUAUCAUGUCCUUUAUGAUGAUGAGAAUUUGCGGCGAAUUGCCCAUGCCCUGCAGGAGAAUCAUUUGGAUAUCCAUGAAUUCAAUCGGGCGGAUAUUUUCUAUUGUCUUCAGCCUUUGAUCGAUCACAAUGAGGUGGAAAAUAUCAAUGUCAUUUUUGAGCUGUUGAGCUACCUUAGCCAUGAGGAGGAGUUGUUGGUGUGGAAUUUUGUCCAGGCCACAGUGGAACUAUUCGAACGCCAUCUGGACAAUACGGCCUCCCACGAACACUAUAAACAAUUUGUUCGGCAUUUGGUGAGGCCAAUCUAUUUGAAAUAUUUCCCCUCCAUACUGGAGGCCCGCCUGGCCAUAAGUGAGAAAACCGGCUCCGAACAUACCUCACGUCAAAAUCUACUCAAAAUGGCUUGCCAUGUUGAUCUAUCCGAAUGUCUGGACUAUGCUCGCCAGUUGGCCUUCGAUUAUAUCUUCCAACAAAUUGAGUUUGUGUCAUCCAAGGAAGAUUACUAUGUUGUGACCGGUGAUGUAUUGUGUUAUGGUCUUAAAUAUCUUACCGAUGAAGAGUUCCACAAUGUGGUGGAAGUUUUGUUGGCCACCAAUCGUGAUACCAUGUUCUUUGAUGACAUCAUCAUUGCCUUACGUUGUACCCAGAACCCGGUACACAUACGUCUAUAUCUUGAUAUGAUAAUAGGUCCAAACGCCACGGAAUUUAUUACCAAUCCAAAUGAUUCGGCCUUGAAUGUCAAACGUCUAUCGCGUGCCAAUGGUCGAUCGCGAUCCAUUCUACGCCAAUACAUUGCCAAUAAUUUUAGGACCCUUAUGGAAUAUCCAUAUUUCACAGAAAUAUUUAAUAUUAUGGCCGAAUAUGUACCAACAACCCACAGUCAUCAGUUCCGUACAUUCCAUGAACUAAUAUCCAGAGAAAUGAAAUUGCUCGCCACCAAAGUAGAGUACAAUUCACCACUGAUAGAACCCAAUUCCCAGGAUGUGGGAAAACAAAUUAAAAUGACCGAAACAUUUUUGGAUAAAUUCGAACCAGACAUCUACGAUUGGUUGACCAAACACCAGCGGCCAGUGUAUGCCGCCUCAUUGGCCCCCCAACGAAACAGUUCUCCAAACCGUUUUGGUCCCAUCCUACGCUUAGCCGGAAAUCUCUAUAGAAAAUUAUUUAAAACUACAAAUUAAGUUCGUAAUAAGCCUCAGUUCCAACCUGCACAAUGUCCCUCACAAAUCAUGUUGUUAUGCAAAUGCAAAAAUAAUAUAGAAACUAUUGAAAAAAACUAUAAAA